AUGACGACAGGUGAGUGCAAACUAACGGCUUACAUCGCCAACGUCGUCAACAUGCAGUCGACGUGGACCAUGGUGUUUAUGACAUGUCACAGAGCUGUGGCCAUUCUGUGGCCACAUCGUGCUAAGGUCUUUUCAACCACUAAAAUGGUGGUCAGCCUCCUUAGUGCUCUCACAGCCUUUUCUUUCAUCUUCCAUUCACACAAAGCUUACGGCUUUGAAGUUCGUACUGGUGUAAAUCCUGGUGACUGGUGGUGUACAGAGACGUACACAGGAGGCUAUCGAGCGUUUAUAGAGUCCAUCUGGUCUCCCAUAGAACUCGCAGUAGUCUUCUUUCUCCCCUUCGCUCUCAUCCUUGUCAGCGAUGUGGUUCUGGUGAAGACAGUCAUCGUGUCCAUACGAGACGCGAGGCGCCGCGUGGCGCUGAACAACAUCAAGACCAUGGACAAGCGGGAGAAACAAGUGUCUUCCAUGAUCAUCUUGAUGGUCGUGACCUCAGCCAUGUUUUUCUUCCUUAUGUUGCCUAUCCGAACGUAUGGCUUCUUUACAGAGAUAAUUUCAGAAAGUGUAGGUGUGCGACUGAUAGGACGUUGUCUCCAGAACGACGGCGUUGACCCUAGUAGAGACUUGCAUCAAGACUUCAAGGUUUCAUGUUUGCAUGAGUGA